CCCUCCUCCCCUCCCACUCCGCUGGGCCGCGAGGAAGUCGCAAGAUGGCUGAUGUCGCUUGGAAGUAACGUUCCCCUCCGCAACAUGAAGCCGUGAGCGCGGACGAACGCGAGGGAGGCACCAUCGGGCUUUUAUUUUUAUUUUCUUUUAGUUCCUUUUCUUUCAGUUCGUCAAACAUCCAUUUCAUUCCGCGUCGUGUCCGCCCCGGACUCGUCUUCGGGAGUUGACGCGUCAAAAUCACGCCGGGGACCCUGCCAGCAAGCUAGCGGCUAGCCACCGUUAGCAAAUAGAAGUGCAGCUAAGCUAGCCUCACCGCUUUAGUACUUUGCUUUUUUUUCUCCUCUCCGUUAAACUGAUUUUAACCGCCGGCGACUCACAGCGCUGCGGCCACACGUCCGCCGGGCUUUCCCAUUUGCAGUGCACGACAAACGUGGCACAAAAAAAAAAAAAAACACGGCUGCCAUUAUAAGAAAAAAAAAAACACCAAAAAACAACGACUUUUUAAAAAUCUGAACACUAUGUCCGCGAACUGGCCGUCCAGCCUGCGCGGUUGCUAGCCUAGAACGCGCAGCCAGCCAGCACCGCGUCCGUUCAUGUGGACCAACCGGAGGGGGUUCUCGUCUGGUCGACAUUUCACGGCGGCGCCCGCCGCCCCGCUGCAUGCCCCGUUACUCGCCGUCGGCGUGACCGUGGAAGCGUGAAGCCCCACGUUAUGGGAGCGGGAAAACCGUUGAACUUUUUCUAGUCGGGAGGCAGCGACCCCGGCCUUGGCUGGCAGCGCACCAGGAAAACACCGACAGGGAUGGACACUAAUCCGCGCAGCCGCGACCAGCAGUGAGGCUCGCAUUUUGGGACAUUUACGGGGAUAAAACCCUCUUUAACCGACUCGUUAGUUUAACAGCCCCCCUUUACUACCCACCCGCCCACCCACCCGCCGGCCGGCCGACCCCACGGACCGGCUGCUUUACCGUUGAACUCUAAAGUACAGUUUGUCAAUACGGCGGAGACCAGUUAGCGCUGCUAGCUAGCGUCUCGCCCCACGUCACGCUACAAACACGGCGUUCAGAACGUACUCCGAAGCCGCUCCGGGCCACACGCACCGGCUCAACAACACCGUCAUGGGCGUGCAGGGCUUCCAGGAGUAUCUGGAGAAGCGGUGCCCCGGGGCGGCCGUCCCCGUGGACCUCCUGAAGCUCGCCCGCACCGCGGCCCGCCAGCCGCCCCACCACCAUCACCCGCACCACCACCACCACCCGCAUCACCCCGGGCCCAUGCCUCCCCCGCCGCCGCCGCCCGCCCGGAUCCUGAUCGACGCGGACUCCAGCCUGCAGCGGCUGUACGGCGGCUACCAGACGGACUGGGUGUGCGGCGGCGAGUGGAACGCCAUGCUGGGCUACCUCGCCGCCCUGUCGCAGGCCUGCCUCUACCAGGGCGGCCUGGAGCUCGUCGUGGUUUUCAACGGCACUCUGGGGAAGGAGCGCUGGCCCGAGUGGGCGCGGCGGGCCCAGGGCCAGCGGCAGACGGCGCAGCUGAUCGUCAACCACGUCGGCAGCAAGGCCACCCCGCCUCCCCGGGCAUGGUUCCUGCCCCCGGCCUGCCUCAGCCACUGCGUCCGCCUGGCCAUGUUCCGCUUCCGAGUGCGGGUCGUGCAGACGUUGGAGGACCACCACCAGGAGGUGCUGUCUCUCUACAGGGACUACGGCUUUUCUGGCCUGAUCGCUCAGGACUCCGAGUUCGCCCUCUGCAACGUGCCCGCCUACUUCUCCUCACACGCGCUUAAGCUGAGCUGGAACGGGAAGAACCUGACCACGCACCAGUACCUGCUGUCCGAGGCCGCCAGGCAGCUGGGCCUGAAGACGCAGCACCUGCCGCUGUUCGCCGCUCUGCUGGGGAAUCAUAUUCUGCCUGAUGAGGACCUGGCUGCCUUCCACUGGAGUCUGCUGGGACCAGAACACCCACUCGCUUCCCUCAAGGUGCGAGCCCAUCAGCUGGUGCUGCCGCCCUGCGAGGUGGUGAUCAAAGCUGUUUCUGAGUACGUGUCCUCCGUCAAAGACCUGGGAAACCUCGACGCCAUCGCCAGAGACGUCUUCAAACAGUCACAGUCACGAAUGGAGGACAAGGUGGAGCGCUUUAAGAAAGCUGUGGACUAUUUCUCAGCUGCAUCCAAGCCCCGCUCUCCUAACAUGGGGCCCUCGCCCUUCAUCUUACCCGGGUUCGGACCCGUUCCAUUUGGGGGACCACCUGGCCACAUGGGACCCAUCCCUCUAGGAAAGAAUCAGUUUCCUCCCCCGCAGGGUCCGGGCUUUAAGCCCCCGUAUCAGAACGCGCCGUACGGCCCUCCCUCCGCCCCGCUCUUCCACCCUCCCCAGCAGCCGCCCCCGGACUGCAACGACUCGCUGACCGGCAAGAUGGGCUUCUCCGAUUGGUCGGCGCCGUACGACUCGACGCAGAGCGGGAGUCGGCUUCCCAACCAUCACACCAGCGGCCAGUCUGGUCCCUCCCCGUCUCCGUCCUCUUCCUCCGACGGAGACGAGCCCAACGACAGCAACGCUAAUCAUCUGACAGACAAGUCGUCUCGGUGGGAGGAUCCGGCUGGAAGGGGGGGGCCGGCGCCCGGAGACGGUUCCCAGGGCAACGGGAGCGGGUCCAACAUUCCCUCACUGUUGUCGAUGGCGACGCGGAGUCACAUGGACAUCACCACGCCCCCGCUGCCUCAGGUCAGUGCCGAGGUUCUUCGUGUAGCUGAACACAGACACAGAAGAGGGCUGAUGUAUCCCCAGAUUUACCACAUUUUGACCAAGGGAGAGAUGAAGAUGCCGGUGUGUAUAGAAGACGAGUGUAACUCUGAGCUGCCGCCCGCCUCCCUGCUGUUCCGGGCCGCCAGGCAGUACGCGUACGGCGUCCUCUUCAGUCUGGCCGAAACCCACCGCCGUCUGGAGAGGCUCGCCCUCCGCAAGAGGACUCCCCUGGAAGUUCCUCCGGUCAUCGUCAAAGAGUGGAGCAGCGGGAAGGCCAAGUCGGCCCUGACACCGGAGCUGGUUCCGGCUCUGUGUUUCCGAGAGUGGACCUGCCCAAACCUGCGGCGGCUGUGGCUGGGUCGCGCCAGCGAGGACCGGUCCAGGAGAACCAGAGCCUUCCUGGCGUGUCUGCGCUCCGACUGCCCGGCCCUCCUAAACCCAGCACAGGUCCCCCAGCAUCUGCUGCUGAUGUGCUGCGUCCUCAGGUAUAUGAUGCAGUGGCCCGGUGGACGGAUCCUCCAGAGACACGAGCUCGAUGCCUUCCUGGCCCAAGCCGUCUCCAGCCAGCUCUACGAGCCCGACCAGCUGCAGGAGCUCAAGGUGGAGAAGGUGGACGCCCGCGGCGUGCAGCUGGCCGCCCUCUUCAUGGCCGGCGUCGACACGGCGCUCUUCAUCAACGACGUCUGCGGCCAGCCGCUGCCGUGGGAGCACUGCUGUCCCUGGGGCUUCUUCGACGGCAAGCUGUUCCAGAGCAAGCUGGCCCGGGCCGCCCGCGACCGCGCCGCCCUGCUGGACAUGUGCGAGGGCCAGGAGGAGCUGGUGUCAAAGGUGGAGAAGAUGCGCCAGGCCAUCCUGGAGGGCAUCAACCUCUCUCGUCCUCCUCCCCCGCCGCCUCCUCUGCCGCCUCCUGCCUUCCUGCCCCCCGCCAUGGUGCCCCCGUUCUACCACAUGCCUCUCUACCCGCCGCGCCCCAUGGGGGGCAUGCCCCCCCAUCACCCGCAUCACCCACAUCACCCCGGCCAGCACAGACCCAGAGCUUUCCCAGGUUGGUACCAUCGGGCCGGGCCGACUGACGAGCUUUCCCUCCUCUCUCCAGGCAUCCAGUCCAUCCCGCCUCAGGGAGGGAAGCUGGAGAUAGCCGGCAUGGUGGUGGGCCAGUGGGCCGGAAACAAGCCUCUCCGCGGCAGGGGGGGCUUCAACAUGCAGGUGGUCUCAGUGGGAGCAGGAAAAGGGAGGGGUAAGGAGAUUCCAGCGAAAGUAAAGGGAGCGAAAAAGCCAGCUGCCAACAGAACACAGACGUCUCCCCCCCCGCCCGGCAGUCCCUCCAAGCCCCCAGAGGAGGCGGACUCCGCGCCCGAGGUCUCCACCCAGCAGCUGAACGGCAGCUCAGCAGCCUCCGCCAUCGGCCAGCCCCUGGAGCCGGCCCAGCCAAUCCCGUGUGCCUUAGCCAGCAGAGACAACCAAUCAGAGGGGGCGGAAGUGGAGGCCCCCUGUUGCCUUGACGACUGCCCGUCUGACGGAGCGCUGCAGAAGGAGGAGUGACCGCGCCCUCGGCGGGACGCGGCGCUCUCAGAGUUAUGUGUUCGACUGCCUUUCCCCCGUUUUUGUAGCCCCCCCCCUCGUCUGCUAGCUGCCGCGCCGUCAGAGGGAGCAGGAAGUGACGCGGGCCCUUCCCUCGCCUCACUUCCUGCUGCCCUCUGAUAGGCCGAGGCAGCAAGCCGUUGCUCCCUUUUAUUUUACUCAUGUGGUUUUAAAUAGUUUUAUGAAGAAAGAGUUUCUCCAUGAGUACGUAAGCGCCCCCCCCCCCCACACACACACACCCUAAAGUCGUCCAAAAAGUGAAAAAAAAAGAAAAACUAAUCGUCACCGUCUCCCACUCAGAGCUCAAAGCUUCCCCCCCCCCCCCAUCAUCACGUCAGUUUCUUUGAGUUUUUAAUGGUCCUGCUGUUUAAAUCUACACACUGAUGUCAACGUUUUAAACAGGUGUACCAUUUUUUCUGUCCAGUGACCCCCCCUCACCCCCACUACACACACACACACAGAGUAUUAGCAUGUGUGCUAGCAACCCCCCCCCCCUCCCUAUAUAGCUUGAUUGGUUAAUUAUCACUGGAGCACUUCCUGGUAAUAGUGAGCUAUCUUACGUUGACCUAUGUAGCAUAGCCUGAAGCUUAGAUGUGCUGAGAGACCCCCCCCCCAAAUGAAUUUAUGCACCUUACGCCCUAAAGUAUGCAAGAUCGCCCCCUCCCCCCCCCCCUUUGUCCUUCUUGUCCCAAAGCUUUGAUUGUAUUAACCCAGCAAAAGCACUUAAUGUUGUAUUUUAAAGAGUCCGCUAAGCCCCUGUACGGUUGGAUGGGCGUGGUCCGGGCCGCUCCUGGACACGCCCUCAUGACGCGCACAUGUGCGUCUUUAAAAAGGUAGAGAUCUAUUGGAGAGACGUUAGAAUGUGAACAGAGUGGUUCAGCACUUUGUCUUAAGAGAUAUUCAACCACACUGGACAGUCCUUUACCAGGUGAAACGGAAAUAAAAACUAAAACUCUGAGGCACCUUCUUGACUUUUGAGGCCAAAUAAAAAUGGAGAAUAAGACAGAAUAAUAAUAGUAAUGUUUCCCUGAGACAGAUGGAAGUAGAUGGUGAGGGUUUAAGGGAGCCGCUGCCAAGCAGAGUCCCCCCCCCCCACCCCCCCCUGAGCUCCUCGCUGUCAGUCAAGAACCUUGCAAUGAAGCAAAAAGGGAGUCACGACUCCCGCCAAACAUUUCAGAUUACUGAAAGUUUCUAUCCAAAGUGUCAGUGAGGCUGUAGCCGUCCAAGGCGGCUGGCCGUUAUAUUUAAAUAAAAACGGGCGCAGCAGCAAUUCCUCGCAGGUCCCACCAUCCCUCAGCCGGGAGCCGCCGCCGUGCGACGCUCCGGUGAGAAACGUCAGACCGACAGGAAGCCCCUCGCCGCCCCGCAGUCCUUCCCACAAGCACGUCACAGACUCUGUGGGCUCGCAUCACACGACAGGGAGGCGGCGCCGCCACCGCCGCCGCUCACACCCUGAGACCUGGAACGUACGGAAACGUUCAAAAUCAGAGCACUUAUGUUUGCAGACAAUGAACCGCGCCCUCCUGCUCGCCCCGUUGAUCUCGUCCCAGAGGUCCACAAGUACACGAAUCCAAAAGAACCCGUGGAGCUGAGAGACGACGGCCAUGAGUAUUUUCAAAAAUCUGACAUUUUCAACAUGAAAAAAGGCAAGUCAGCUAGAAGCACCUUAUUUUCUUACUAUAUAUAAAUAUAUAUAUAAAUGACUUGUGCUCGAUCGUGUGCCACAACCUUUACAGAGAAGAAGCUCUUCUGAAGGAAAUCAAACCAACGACCUUGACUGUCCGCGUUAAUGUAGUCACGUCAGACAUCUCCCUCCGUUCUGAACUCGACCAUUUACCUGCGACACCGUUUGGCCCCGCCCCCAGCGUAGGCCUACGCUCCGAGGCGCCGGGCGCACCGACUCCAGCUCCACUAGGAGUCCGUAGAGUUAAGGUAGCAGCAUCAGGGCCUAACUGGACCGUUAAAACACCAGAGACUAGAAACUAGAGCUCCACUCGCCGAAAAGCUACGUCUAGCUUUUCUAGAGACAUGAUGCGUAACUGCUUUCAACUUUUGACAUUAGUACAGACAAGAUGUAAAGAUGGCUUUUUUUUUUUUUCUCCUCCGUGGCGAGCCAGAGCGUGAUCCGUUCUGCACGACGCCUCGAUUCGCUCGCCACACACACACACACACACACACACACACUGAUGCAACAACACACCCAUCCACCCACGCACCACAUUCACAGCCAUGCGUCGCAUUCUCUCUGCCUCUGUGCUGAAGUUUUCUCCUUUUUUCCCCCCGUGCCGUAGACGGAGGUAAGGGGAAAGAGAAAAGGCGUGAGGCCGGCACGCAGACACGCGACACGCGGCACACAUGGCAACGACACGCGGCACACAUGGCAACGACACGCGGAUACAUAGUUGUUGAUCUAGUUAGUCAUGGUUCACAGAGAAUCACUUCAACUCAUGUAGCGUCCCGUUUUCGUCCUCGUCUGUUUUAGUUUGAUAGAUAUUGAUCAAUUUUUUUUUCUCCUCCUUGUUAUUCUAACAGCCCCGCCCUCCUUCUGUUACCCCCCCCCCCCUCUUUAUUCACUUCUUCUUCUUCUCUGCCUCGGCGCUCUUCAGUCCUCUGAGCAGCGCUCACAUCCUCACACACAAACACAACGAUGACACAGAUUAACCCCUUCUAUCCCCACAUUUCUCUCUCUGACUCUGUUAGCCCCUUUAGGAAUGUCUUAUUUUAAAUUCUUUUUUCUCCCCCCCCCCCCCCUACAUCCUUUUUUCUCUCUUCUCUCUGGGCUGCCCCGCCCUUAAUCAACCCGAUUAACAGUAAAGGUUAUAUUAACGUUGAUAAUCAGUUUUCUGUAUGUAUCUAGCCAGAGUGGAAAGAAAAAAAAAUCUGAAAAAAAAAAAAUCAAAACUGUUUUAUUCAAUUGUGCAAAUGUGUUUUUCUUACUAUUUUUAAUGGUAUUACAUCUCUAAUCUUAACCUUCUACCAUCGCUUCAGUUAGUACUGAAUACGCUUAGCCAACCUAGAGAUUUGAACUGUAACGAUCGCCAUUCUCCUUACCUGUAUCUAUAUGGCAUCUUUAGACCACUUCACCGUUUAUGUAUGUGAGUUAAGUAUUGCCCGCUUUAUUCUCAAAUUGAAAAUCGUCGUAUGCAUAAUGUUUGAUUCUUACGAUAUCCCUUAAAAAAAAAAAAAA